AUGAAGCAAAAUGAAGACAACAUUACCCAUGUUAGUGAAAUCUUUCUAAGGGAAUGUGAUUUGUUUCACCUACCAGUAGUUUCAAAGGGUACUAAGGACUUGUCGGGAUUAUUCCAAGGGGUACCUGGAAAAAAGCCCCAUGUCUUGUAGGGUGUGUUCCUAGUGAUCCAGGACCACUCAGACCAUGGUGCAUCAAAGGAACUGAUGAAUCCUUUCCCAGGGUGGAUUCAUCAUUUCCUUAGAGAUGCUAUGAUCUGAGUGAUCUUACAUCAUGGAGGGAUCCUGAUCUGGUUCAUCCCAAUGAACCACUCCCUUAAUUAACUUGAAUUUGCUUACGAACCUAAAGGAGAACUUGAUGUUAGAACAAGUGUUGAUAAAAUGAUUGUCAAUUCAGCCAUCAUGAACUGGUAGUCAUCUGAAAACAUGAUUGGUUUGUUUCUGUUUGUAUGUUGUCAAUAAAGGACAUGCGUACAAAAGAAAUCCCAUGCAUUUGUCUUAGUACCAUAAAGGCACAUUAUUAUUGGGCAGGAGUAAACCAAAGCCAGGGUGCAACAAAAAUGCUGUCCAGUAGCCUGGUGCUAGUGGAUCGACCAGUCAGGCUAGCUUGAUUUUAUUACGAUUUACUUGGCGGGCAAGCAGCCUUUACUGAGAAACAGUAAAUGUUAGUGAAGAUGGGGAUUGGUAGGCUGGCAGUACCACUGCUCCAGGCUAGUAAACUAAAAAAAUGCAACAGCUUGCCUUAUCUCUGACACCCUGAAGCCCUUUUAAAAACAUUUCUACACUUAUGGUGCAUAUAAUAAUAAUUUCUUGUAGCUGUCCCCAUAUGCUGAACAGUGGUAUGAACUGGAGCAACUCAAGGCAAGUGUUAGGUCUUUAAGCCAUGCUGCAGGCUUACCACAGUCACCCCAGCCAUCAGCUCUACAUACAGAUGAAAUAUUAGCAAGUGGUCUGAGCAGUGGUUCAUUGAGCGUUGAAAAUCUUGAUGAGGUUGGACUGCUGAAUACUGAGGCAUUGCAACAAGAAACUGCAACAGCUCAGGAUGGUAAGACACUGGGAGUGUUCCAGUGAGAUUACCCGAAUCAUGGUACAUCAAAUGACUUGAUGAAUCCUCUUCCAGGAAGGAUUCGUCGUUACCUUGGAUGUGCUAUGAUCUGAGUGAUCUCGGAUCCCAGAUCCUGAUCCGCAUCAUCUUAAUGGUAUGCACGCACUUUCUACUCCAAGAGUUGAAACUAUGGAAAAAAUACAGAGAUACUGCACUCUGUGGAAGAAAUCUUGGGAAGUGACCAUUCAACCGAAACUUUUUCUUCACUACUUUAUCUUAUAUACCGUUUGUAUUUCAGUAUGAAAAUUAAAUAUUAAAAUUUAGCAUUUUCUUUAAUUUGGAAGUCUCUAGGCAAGUUUUGUUUUGUGAGUUUAUUUUUUCUCAGUCGGAAUCUCAUAACUGUGCUUUUACGUUAGUUGCUAAGAUUUCUUUCUUUCCGUGAGAAACUGGUCUUGCUUGUAAUACCUACGUACGCUGAAAAAGAAGCACCAUGCAGCGUGUUUAAAUAAGUACAGACAACCGACUUUGCUCAAAGAAGUCGGUCACUUUGUUUUCACAAGGCCAACCGCUUAAUGUUGGCAAAUGCGAUGAAACCAAUGCAGUACUCUUCCACAUGAAAAUAGUCAUACGAAGUGAUAGUAAGAAAACUGAUCUUUCCUCAUCUUAAAAGCUCUUUCAAUCUUUUUUAUCUCCAUUUUCUAUCUUAACAGAGCGUGUACAAGAGGAUGAUCCAGGUGACAGUGGUACUUCCUUCAGCAUGGACGAGUCUGGCGCCGAACCAAAACUACCAGCAAGUGAAUGGUUUCCUCUGAGACCGAACGCUGUAGGAGAAGAUGAUGAAGACUCUAGUCAUGUCACAAAUGUUGGAGCAGUCACAGCUGCCCAUGGAUCAAACAGUUGCGACAGAUUACAAAAUAUACCACAUGCUUGGUCAGAUGAUGACAGCAAACAUUCGCCACCAGAAAGAUCACAACCUGACGGAAGAGACGGUCCAGACCUUAAACGGACGCCUUGGAUGGCCAGCAAUCAACCAGUUGUCGUGCAUUCUUCGCAGAGCUCAGAUAUCGACACUGGGACAGCUGCUAGUAAAGACAGUGCUAGUGAUGUGUCUGUACUAUCACAACCACAGAGUGACCACAACAUCACACCUCUGGACAUCAUUGCGAGGAGUGUUCCCCAUACCAAGGAAGGCGUAAGCCUCAUGAGCGAGUUGAGGCAGCGACGUGCCCCUCAGUUGAACAGUGACAGUGAUACUGAGAGUCCAGUAUCCAAACUGCUUGGUCCAAACUUUCGUGCAGUACAACAAGUGCUGGAUAGACUGAAACAGGAAAAGCUGACUGGUAGUGUUAGUGACGAGGCAGAAGAAGUGGCUUCUGAAAGACAGUCCUUGACAGAAGAGAGUUUAAGGUCCACGUCUAGCGCUGGACUGCCUGCUUCUACUAGUAUGUCAAGAGUCCAUGAAGCACAAUGGACGUCACAGGCAAAACCUCGGUCCUCCAUUGAGCGAUUGAAUAGACACGACGCACCUUUUUCAAGAGCUUUUUCCACUCAUAACGACGAACGUUUGGGCGAGAGAUAUUCACUUGAUGAAAUUAAUCGGAGGUUUUCCGAUAGCAAUAUUGCUCUGGGUAACGCCACGGAAGGAAGUGAAACCAGACGCGUAUCGAACUGGUCAAGUGCAAGAGUCCCUUAUGAUUCAAGCGAAAUGAGCCCGGUCGAUGCAGUUCCAAAGUCAAACUUAGAACCAGCUGCCAAAAAAUCAUCGCACGAUUUAUUGCGGUUCAGUUCUGAAGCCAACAGUGACGCCAUUGUACGAAUGCCCAUUUCCACCCAGCCCACCACCGAAAAAUCCUCACUAGAGCUGAUGCGGUUCAGCGCUGCAGCUACAAGUGCGAAUGUUAGGAUGCCUUCAUCAACCCAACUCGCUGUCAAGGAAUCAUCUCAAGACCUGAUGCGAUUCAGUUCGGCUGCCAGUAGUGCCACGAAUGAUAGGAUGCCUGCAUCAGCCCAACUAACAAUUAAGGAAUCAACGCAAGACCUGAUGCGGUUCAGUUCUGCAGCUAGUAGUGCCACGAAUGUUAGGAUGCCGGCAUCAACUGAACUCGCUGUCAAGAAACCGUCUCAUGAUCCAGCGCGCUUCAGUUCUGCAACUAGUAGCGCCGCAAAUGGUAGGAUUUUAGAGGACGAAUAUCCUGCAGCUUCCAUUGACAAACGUGAAGUUUUUCCCCACCACAAUUUAAUUGAUGAUGGACCGGUUGAUGCAUUACCUGUACCCCUUUUACCAACUACUAAUAGAUAUUCAACUGAGCAAAAUUCACGUAGUUCUAUAGAAACAAGCUUAAAGACUUCGCGAAUCGCUUGGGGAGAGCAUGUUACACCACCUUCGACUACUACAGAAAUGACUGGUGGAAAAUCUCAUGAAGUACUUCAUUCGGGCACGCAUGCGUUAUUGGAACAAUUUCACGAUCUAACACCUCCUAGCACUGCUGGAAGCAGCAUUCCAAUGGAAAGUAAAAUACCGACAAGUUCGUCCAGGGAGUUGUCUGGUCACAGUCCCAAGCAAGCAGAUAGCGUAUUGGUAUCUGGCAAAACCAUCGUAAGUCUUAGUGACAGAACAGGAGCUUCAUCUCAUUACCCAAACGGAACAGAACGAGAUGAAAGACAAACACUACAGAGUGUAGGCGGUGUGCAACAUGCCAGUGACAGUGAUGCAACUGCAUCCUCAGAUGAUACGGAUGAUCUCCUGUCAUAUGAGCCAGUGUUGGAAGGCGAUCGUCAGUAUUUCCGCAUGCGCAUGCAAAGACAGUCAAAGCAUUCAGAACAUAGGCAGAAACGGUCUGAGGAAAUGGAGAAUGGUGACAGUAGAAUAGAUGCAGGAAGGUCUAGGGAAAUAGAUACUGCUACUAGACUGCCUGGUAAAAACGAAUCAUCUUCCAUUCCGCAAAGGCAGAGUCAGGAUGGUGAUCUUAGUACUCCAAUACAAGUGGAUGACAGUCAUAUCAAGUCCUUACACUGGUCUCUCGGAGCAGGUACCAUUUCUCCCAUAUCUGUCACUAGCUUGGGUCAGUUGAGUUCACAAAAGGAAAAGUCGUCCACACCCCUGGGUCCAAUUACAGAACGAUCCAGCGUAUUAGAGAAUGGAACGUUGCAAGAGCAGAGUAUUGAAGAAGACGACGCUUCAGCUCAGACCAAUGAUCGCAAUUUGACUGCAUCGAAACAGACCGGAAGCCACUCAACUACCGACUUCUCAUCCUCAGAUGAGAUGUACAGGCCCGUUUUAUAUCGGGAUGGCCUGGAGAACCAGGAAAACCGUACCUCAUCGUACGGUAUUUACGACAUACGGAGGUCGUCUGGUCCUGGAAGCACGAACAGGCGUCGUAAGGCUCUUGGUCUUGAACCUAACCCUGCACGAGAAAAUGCAAGUCAAAACCGUGGGGGCGUGGUUUACAUUUCAGGGGACUCUACACCAAAUAGUGUUCGAGAUGGCAGUAGGCAGCUGUCAAGGGAAGACGUUGAUUUAGCUGGAAGUGCUGCCGUUUAUCGUGAAACAACUCAACCAGGGCUGGAAUAUUACGAAGGUCGUAUGGAAAGGGAUGAAGGGUUGAGAAGGCCGAGAACAAAAGAUUAUGGGAUGGUAAGAGAAUCGAAUGUUCGCAAAGGUAAACAGGCACGUGAGGUGCUGAGAAAGAGCGAUUUCCAUCAUCACGACGAUGAUUAUCAUUCACGUGAGGAAAGAAGGUCUGACCGUUCGCAUGGUCACCAGUCACGCCCUUCCGCUAGUCAAGACGCGUCUGUCUGUAACAGUACGUCAGAGCGAACGCUAGAGGAAGCACUUGAUAUUAGAGAAAGAUCAAGGCGGUUAGCUGGGCAGUAUAUGGAAAGCACAGAUUCAAAAGGUACCGCCCAUUCUGUCGGUGGAAGAUCCGGUAGUUCAAGAAAAUCAAGAUCAAAGUACCCUGCUGACAGGCUUGUUUCUUCCUCCCUUCAAACGCAGCCAGAACAGGCAUCGAGGAGUAGAAAGCACCAUGAUAGCAAGUCUCAUCAUCGCUCUCGCGAUGGGAAAGACUCGCAUGCAAGGCUGGAUGCUAAUAUUUCCAAGUUGUCCUCUCUUAUCUCAAAGUCGACAGACGAGAGUAUUUCCUCGUCCUCUCAAAUGUCCGUCAUCCCUACGUCCAGAUGGCCAAGUAAAAGAAGUAAAAAACACAAGACGAGCUCGUCGAGUGGUUCGUCGGACGUGUCUGAGUAUUUCAAUUACGCCUUCAUGGAGCCUCAUAUGCGCUCCUCCAUCAAACAUAAGAUACGACUGAGAGAAUUGCUUAAGUCUGUCAAGGCACGUGAUAUCUCGCCAAUCGUUAGAGUUCGAGAAAACACUUCAACUGAGUCUGCGUCAUUUGUAUCGAGUGAUGGAACAGCUGGAAGGGAAAGAGAAGAAGAGACUCCAGAAAAAGACAGAGGGGCACCUUCAGAAGUGGCACACCCUCCGAGACCACAAGCAUUCGAUAUACCUAUUUCUACCUCGAGACCUACAGGGUCAGAGCCACAAAUCCCAUGCACCUGCUCACAAAGGCCUGUCGCACAGACGACUGGUUCAUAUGGUCUCAGGGCAAGAGAAGAAAGAUACAAUGGCAUGGACUUUGGCAUGCCAAAGAAACGAGAUGUUGGUGUCAACAUUCCUACUCCAGUCGUCUCAAGGAGCCAGUCUCCCAGCUCCGAUUAUUCACGGCAGCAUGAAGACGCUAGUACGCAAACGGAAGAAGUUGACAUCAGACGGAGAGGAAAGAGACUGGUUGACAGUGAACCUAUGAAAUCCCAGCGUAAGUCAGCCAAGAGUCCUCUUAGAGAUGCCGAAGAGUUUGGAGUUAUUUCUCAGCCCUCGCCCUCAAAGUCAGAUCUCAUAUACCGAGUGGACCAGCGAGAAUCUAAGCAUAAACCGAAAGAUCGAUUGGUAGCCAGUCAGAACUCUCCGGGUCACGGUGCCCAAAGAAGUUCGGACAGAACACGUAGGGGACCACUUCCCACUUGGUUUCUACCUUUGACGAGCAAAACGCAGACCGAAAAAAGAACGGAGACAAAUUUCAAGACGCCGAGUAGAAGUCGCACUAGUGAUGAAUUACGAGUGGAUGUGUUCGAUUCUGCGGUCAAUCCGUCCCCUUCUCUUCAGAAACUUAGCCUUCAAGAGGCAUUUUUGUACGCACGACCUCAGUUUGUGAAGCGUUCACAGGAGAGAGUGGCAAGAAUUGAACAGGCUGCACGAGAGAAAGACAGACGUAAAAUGAUUGCAGAAACUGCUACAGAGGAAAACAGGAUCGCAGAGGCUCAGAGAGCAAAACGUCUGGAAUAUGUUGUUUCUCCUAAGUUCAAGCCACGUGUAAAGGGUGCUGGUGAGUGAGGCUGUUGUUUUCUUGUCGCUAAGCUUGUAGUGAACUUCCCAUUCUAGGCGACGCGUAACCAGUAGACCUCGUCGAACUAGUACUAACCAAAGGUUAUGGAGUGAAGGCGACAACGUAUCGAAGGUCCAAACGCUUUUGCUCCAACGCUGUGCUUUGCGAAAGUUUCACGUGACAGAUGGUCAAAACACGCAUGAUCAGAUUACGAGGGGUAAAAGGUCGAAACGUGCGCGAUCAAAUUGAGUUUUGUGCAUUCCAUUUAAUGAUCUUACGUCCCUCACCAGAACUUCCAAAUUUUAAAAAAGUGUAAAGAACAUUUAAUUGGUAGCCUUUUCUUACCCUCCGCCUGCGGUUUAUUGAUUUAAACUUCCUUUAAAAUCACUCCAUGAUUAUAAAGUUGUUGUGCACUUUCAUUUCCUGUACGACCUUGAUGAUUUUAUGCGCUUGAAGAGCUGUUGGAGAUGUGAUGCUUAAAUUUGUGUUACAUUAUACUAUGAUUCAAACUUUUGUAAUCCACCUUUAGAUCAACUUCAUGUACCGAAACCAAGGCAGAUGACUCAAGCAGAGAUAAAAGAAUUGAACAAAAGGUAAAUCAGCUGAAGAACUUUUACAAAAUGAAGUAAACUGAUUAACUUUAGUAGACCUGUCUGCCUGUAGUCUUGUCGCCAGGGCAGAGUUUGUUCAAAAGGUGGAUAGCGCUAUCCGCUGGACAAAUCUCUAUCCCGGCAGUGGAUAGCGCAAUUUGUUUCUGUAAUGUUUAUCCGCUGGAUAGUUAUAUAUCCGAUGGAAAGCGCUAUCCAACGUUUGAAAACCUAGGGCUAGAACUUGUUUUCCCCUUUGUCAGCACGCAGGAAGCUGGUUGCCGUUCGCGGGCUCUGAGCUGGAAACUAGAAAAUGGGUUUCUUUUUGCAUACUGUUCAUCACGACUAAAAGUUCCUGUACUACUUUUGAAUCAAGUUACCCAGGAGAAUUCUACAUUUUUAGAACAAUUAAAAAAUGACUUCAUUUGAGAGUCAUUGUAUUCGCACCGUGCAAGAGACAGGGCCGCCCCGUCUAUAUUCGCCUCUUUCGCAGUGUCCACGAAACCCCCCUUUCGAGCCACAACCUUUUGCGUAUUCAUUGUUUAAAAUUCCCUUGGGUAUCACAGUCAUCUCAAGGGAAAUUUAAAACAUCUGAAACAAUCCUUGUGCAUAUUAUUUUGGUGCAAAACCUUAACCUCGCCGCCGGUUUCGUUUGAACGCUGUGUUUUACCGCUGGUGUACGCUUUGACAAUCUAAUCUUCGUCUUUAAUGUUUCUUCACCUCCCUUUAUAGACUGUACAAGAAUCUACCUGAGGUAAAAGCGAAAAAUGAGCAAGUGAAGCGACAAGCUUUUUACCGAACAAAUAGACUGCGAGCACAAUUGUACGGCAAGGUAGGAUCUGAUUAAAAAGUUGAAGAUUUCUCUUUUUCGCAGUGAAAGACUUUUUAUCUGACGUGCUUUAUUUUUCCUUCCUUACAGAGAGUCCGCAACCGCCUCAAAGGUGCUGGGAAUUAACUAAAGAUAUUUAUAGUUAUUUUGAAAUUGAACAAGAAAACUUUUAACGACUUUCGCUUUUCAUCGAUUUCACUGCUUCUCUCCUUAAAGGACAUAACUUGAACAAGUUUGUCAUCAAUGACAUGUAGAAAAUCUUUCGUACAUUUUAUGUAACACUACUGGAAAUAAUAUGGAAUUAAUAAACUUAAUUUAAACUCAAGACUUUCUUGUUC